CCUUCAGUUUCAUUCGCAGACCUCUGCAACAAUGAAGGCCUGUCGGUGGACAUUGAUUGUUGUGUUGGCCUUCGGGUCAAUGGUAGCAGCAAGGGAUAUCCCUCUGAAGGAGACUGAAUGGAAUACUCUUUCAACCGCGUGUUCACUGAACAUCAACACACAACUCCCAAGGCCACAGCCUCUAUUCCUCAUUCCAGGAACUGAUCAGUUCCGUUAUCCAGCAUCGAACAAUCGGCUUUUACAGUUGGAGGCGGGUGAAUACAUUGAACUGGCGUGCGAAAGUGGUUUCAAUGUAGCUCCAUCGAAGACAACUAUCUUGGUUUCUUGUGUGUUUGAUCAGUCAUUCAACUAUGAUAGUACGAUGUACCGUUUCAGUGACUUCUCCUGUACGGAGAACUGGUUCAGUUCGGCUCGUCGAACACCACAAUCUUGUGAACAAAACGCAGUUAUUGUGGAGAUCGGAUUCACCGUCGGGUCACGUUUCCCGAAAAUUAUGGAUGUAUGCCACAAUGAGCAGACAUUCGAGAAUCAUUGGAUUAGACAUGAAUUCACACGAACCAAUGAUGGAUUCCAGCAAGGAGUACCACGUCCAUCGUGGCAUCAAGGCGACUUCUAUCCCGGCAUCAACGUAAACACUUUGUACACUGUUAACCGCCAACGUCAAACUUUGGCCACAAUUUUGGGUUCUCAACCAAUUGCGGAUAAUUUGGUGCUGGAUGCUUCUACGGGAAUUUUCAUGGCACGGGGACACAUUGCGGCCAGAGCCGAUUUCAUCUACGGGACUCAACAGAACGCUUCCUUCUGGUUCUUGGUUGCUGCUCCUCAAUGGCAGAACUUCAAUGACGGAAACUGGCUGCGCAUUGAGGACAGCUCGCGCAGCUUUGUUGCUGCUCGCAACCUUCAAGUCACUGUAUAUGGAGGAACAUACGGAGUACAAACUCAGAUCGAUGCCAAUGGUGUCCCACAACCGAUUUUCCUCGACUGGACUGCAGCUGGAACGCGACGUCUUCCGGCUCCAAAGAUCUACUAUAAGAUUUUGCAUGACGAGCGGAACAAUGCCGGUAUUGUGCUGAUUGGCGUGAACGACAUACAUGUUGGCUCCAUGCAACGCAUUCAAGAUGAAUACAUCUUCUGCGAGGAUAUUGGAGAUAAAGUCAGCUGGGUCAACUGGGAUAGAAAGAAUCUUGCAGAAGGAUAUUCCUACGCGUGUGAAGUUAAUCCCUUCUUGAAGAACAUCGGCCAUCUGUCGCACUUGAACAUUCCCAAUCUGCUGAUUUAAUCGUAUCGCCGCUAACUGCAAAAUCAAUAAAUUCAAAGCUUUCUAUGAAAGCUAUAGCUUGCCUUUUCUUUAUUAGUCUCAUAUGUCACAAAUGUCGAAUAAAUUAUUCAGUCCACACUUCAGUAGUAAACGUUGUA